AUGCUUUGUUUUAUGUCAGCUAUAAUAGGAGGGUUAGUAGGAAACAGUAAUUACGGUAAAUAUAACUUCACGGCACUGUAUGGUCUGGUUUUUGUUUCGAUUGGUGUGGGUGGUAUAAAAUGCUGUAUCGCAGCAUUUGGCGUGGAUCAGCUCAUCGGAAAUAACCAAAACGUAACCUCAACACAGGUACACGGAUUCUUCAGUACGUUCUACUUUUCCAUACACUUAGGCGUGUUAUUCGGAAUGAUUACUUCGCCAAUCAUGAACAAAAUUUUGUUAUACAAUGGACAUAGUAUCAACGAAUAUUCUAUGAGAUUUGGAAUGGUGGUCAUCUCGAUGGCAAUCUCAAUAAGCGUAUUUGUUUGCGGAAGCACUUAUUACUUCUUCAAAAAAUCUCUUACUAAUAUUCUACCUAAAAUGAUAAAAUGUAUCUUACUUUCUUUGUGGAAACGAUUAACAUCACGCUACGAUGAGACAAAAAAUAAACAUUGGUUAGAAUUAGCAAAAGAUUCAUUUUCAAACGAAAUCAUAAAUGACACGAAGAAAACGUUACACAUGCUUUGUCUUUACAUACCUUUAUCGGUAUUUUGGAGCUUAUUCGACCAACAAGUUAAUAAUAAAAAUACAUGUAAUUUGUAUUCAUAUUGA